AUGUACCAGGAAACAUUACUUAAAAAUCUAUCUAUCUAUCUAUCUAUCUAUCUAUCUAUCUAUCUAUCUAUCUAUCUAUCUAUCUAUCUAUCAAAUGUAACAAUGAAUAAGACAGAAGAAAAAGAACUUUUGCUGCUCACUCUCUUCAUAGACACCUCUCAUCGCGCGCACAUACGAAGUCUUUUAUCUCUACUGGCAAACAUCUAUAUAGCGUCUUCUCCCAAUUUCCUAAUUGCCAUCUAUCUAUCUAUCUAUCUAUCUAUCUAUCUAUCUAUCUAUCUAUCUAUCUAUCUAUCUAUCUAUCUAUCGAUCUAUCACAGUCUGUUCAUUAUCUAUCUAUCUAUCUAUCUAUCUAUCUAUCUAUCUAUCUAUCUAUCACAGUCUGUUCAUUAUUAUCUAUCUAUCUAUCAUAUCUAUCUAUAUCACAGUCUGUUCUAUCUAUCUAUAUCUAUCUAUCUAUCAUCAUCUAUCUAUGUAUCUAUCUAUCUAUCUAUCUAUCUAUCUAUCUAUCUAUCUAUCUAUCUAUCUAUAUAUCUAUCUAUCUGUGUUCCAGAACUUGAUAUACGUCGAUAA